AUGACCACACUUGGCCACGUACUAAGUCAGGGGAAGGCUCACUUAUCACAACUGGCAUUGACAGAACAAAGUUCAGGGGGGCCGAAUUCUCUAUGCCCCACUAUUAAAGGCCUGGUGAAGAUCUCCUGCUGCCAGACAGAAGCAUCUGUUCACAUCUGCAGCAGCACAGCCAUGGUGAUGUGGGGCCUGGUGCUGGCAGCCGUGCUGGUGGCCACCUUGGGCUACCUGUAUCUGCCCACACUCUUGAGACAACGCAGGCCCCAGGAACCCCCUCUGGACAAGGGCCCCAUACCUGGUGUUGGCCAUGCCAUAGCUAUCCGAAAGAACAUGCUUGAAUUCCUGAAGGCAAUGCGGACCAAGCAUGGGGAUGUGUUCACCGUGCAGCUUGGGAGCCAUUUCUUCACUUUUGUCAUGGACCCCCUCUCCUUUGGUCCCAUCAUCAAGAAUACAAACAAGAACCUAGACUUCAGGCAGUUCGCCCAAGAGCUGGUACAAAAGGGUUUUGGAUAUCAGCAUGUGAAGGAUGACCGUCGUCUUGUGCCCUUUGCUAGCACCAAAUUCCUCAUGGGGGAAGGCCUGGAGGACAUGAACAAGGUCAUGCUAGAAAGCCUGUCCCUAGUGCUGCUGGGACCCGGAGGCCCGAGACAGAAUGCCAGCUGCUGGCGAGAGGAUGGGCUCUUUCAUUUCUGCUACAAUGUCCUAUUCAAGGCUGGUUACCUGAGCUUGUUUGGCUGCACCAAGGAUAAGGAGCAGGACCUGCUCCAGGCAGAGGAGCUAUUCAGGAACUUCCGCAGGUUUGACGUUCUUUUCCCCAGGUUUGUCUACUCCCUGCUGGGGCCUCGGGAAUGGCUAGAAGUGCGCCAGCUGCAGCGUGUCUUUCACAAGACGCUCUCCGUGAGUCACAACUCGCAGAAGGACGGUAUAAGCAACUGGCUGAGCUACAUGCUCUGCUAUCUGACCGAGUGGGGGACCAGCCCGGAGAUGCUGGGGAAGUUCAACUUCACGAUGCUCUGGGCCUCACAGGGGAACACAGGGCCCAGCUCAUUCUGGGUCCUCCUGUUCCUCCUGAAGCACCCAGAAGCCAUGCAAGCUGUGAAGAAAGAGGCCGCCCAGGUCCUGCAGGGGACCAAGCUGGAAGCCAAGCAGACCUUUGCCUUCCAGGUCAGUGCCCUGCAGCAUACCCCCGUCCUGAACAGUGUGAUGGAAGAGACUCUGAGGCUGGUAGCUGUGCCCACCCUCAUCAGGGCAGUGCAGGAAGACUGCACCCUGAAGAUGGCCAGUGGGUGUGAGUACCUGCUGCGCCGAGGAGACAGAGUGGCCCUCUUCCCCUACCUGUCUGUGCACAUGGACCCUGACAUCCACCCCGACCCCUGCACCUUCAAGUACGAUCGGUUCCUCAACCCCGAUGGCAGCCGGAAAGUGGACUUCUUUAAGGCGGGCAAGAAGAUUCACCACUACCUCAUGCCUUGGGGCUCAGGCGUGUCCAUGUGCCCAGGGAGAUUCUUUGCCCUCAGUGAGAUGAAGCUAUUUGUUCUGCUCAUGGUUACGUACUUUGACCUAGAGCUGGUGGACCCCAAUACCCCAGUGCCCCCUCUAGAGCCAAGUCGCUGGGGCUUUGGCAUCUCACAGCCAAGCUAUGAGGUGCGCUUCCGCUACCACCUGAAGCCCAUGGACUGAGCUCAGCCAAUCCUGGCUAGCAGGGACCCAGGGUCUCCCACCUCUGCUCACCCCUCUGCACUUCCAUUACCCUGGCCAACUGCCCCCGCAUUGGAUUAAUUUUUUUUUUGUCUUUUUCCUUUUUAUUGGUACCAGGGAUCGAACUCACGACUGCCUGCUUGCAAGGCAGGAACUUAUGCUGCUGAGCUAAAUCCCCAGCCCCAUGCCCCCCGCAUUGGGUGCCCCUCCUCCUUCUCUUCUGCCUGCCUCAUUCUCUGGGUGUCCUGGUCAUCGCACAGGACCUCUAUAGAGCCAUCCUGGGGCAGAACAUGCAGUGGAAAGGGAGUGUCUGGGCCAGGUGCAUGGAGCGGGAAUCCUUGCUUCCCAAGCUCCAUGAGUGAUGCUGCACCCUGCGAACCUCAGACUCUACCCUCCCACCCUGUUCUGUCCCACAUUCUAUGCACUUCAUGGUCCAGAAAAUAUUAUACUAUAGUGAAAGCAAAGGUCCAAUUUUAAAUUUUUAGUAAACAUGUUUUUUCUUUCUUUG